GAGCCGCAAUGGUUCCCUAUGACAUUUUACACGCUGCCCGCUGAUUGAGAAGUUCAGUAAUUGAGCUUCAGUGUGAGAUUUUGUGUUUUGACGUGCUUGGUGAAUCUCCAGCCAAAAAGGAGAAGAUUAUGCUGAACCAUGGCAACUGGCGAAUGCAUCAUCGAUUGGGGGAGAUUCAGCGAAUGGAUUCACAGUUUUUGCAUCGUGACAUUUGAUUUGGAAUUGGGCCAAGCCCUGGAACUCAUCUAUCCACCUCAUGUGACACUGUCAGAGCGCGAACGCACCAAUAUCUGCUACCUCGCCUUCCCCGACAGCAAUUCCGGAUGUAUGGGGGACACUGAGUACCAUGUGAGAUUGCGAUGUGCUCCAGAUGGGGCUCCACCUAAUCAUUUGACACCCAACCAUGUCAAUUACAAUCGUCACACCACCGAUGCCCAUCGUGCUGAUCCCGGGCAUCUCUGGGGCUUUGUCUACUUCCGACAGACACGGGCACCCCAUCUGCCCCGCGGCUACUUCCAGAAGAGCUUCGUACUGCUGUCUCGUCUGCCAUUUGUCUCCCUCUUCACCCGGAUUGCCCAUCACAUGGCUCCAAUGGUAUUUGAGGCCACAGACAGUGAAGUUGUGCUCAAAGAGGCUGCCUCUGCAGUGGCGAAAUGGCCUCCACUAGCACAGGGACCCGUUGUACUUCCCCUGCUGGCCAGGAAAUUCUCAGCUUGCAUCGGAGAUGGAGACAAUGACACUCAGGAUGAAUCUUGUGAGAGAAUUACUUCACUUCACGAACCAGAUACUCUUCAUGGCCUCCUUAGUCUCCUGCCACACGUUCAACUGCUUUGGGAGCUUGUACUCACGGGCGAGCCAAUUGUGGUGAUGGCCUCAUCCCCAGCGGACUCCUGCCAUCUGGUACACUGUCUCAUAUCAAUGAUAGCUCCAUUGACAUACAGCGGUGAGGCUAGACCCUAUUUCACCAUCCACGAUAGUGAAUUCCGGGAGUUCACGACAAAGUCCAAUGGGGCUCCGGGAGUCAUUUUAGGCGUCACAAAUCCAUUCUUCAGCAAAACCUUGCAACAUUGGCCACAUACAAUUCGUCUCACGGAUGCCCAUGGACCAUCGGGGGGAGCUACCCUACCACGAGUAAAAUCAACAGGACGCCUUCUUGAAGCCACACCAGGUGUCUACACUCACUACCGUGCCCAUCUCCAGCAGGAACGAUCGCUGGUGCGUCAGGUGAUGGGCAGAACGGGACGCCCUAUGCCUAUUCAGUCAGCUAUGCUAAAACGGCAUCUGCUGGAGCUGACGCAGAGCUUCAUGAUCCCGCUGGAGAGGUACAUGGGUAGCCUGAUGCCUCUGAUGCGUGAUGUAUCACCCUUUGGGGCACCACCGACACCACAUCACUUCAAACAAGAAGACUUCCUGGCCACACUUCCGCAGGCAGGACCACAACUUACUACGAGUCUCCGGGGGGAUUGGGAGGGACUGUACAGACGAUUCUUCCGCUCUGGGAAUUUCCGGACAUGGCAUGAACAGCGCCAUACCCAACUUACACAUGCCCUACAUGCCCUCCAUCUACAGGCUCUCGCCAGUGUGGACCUGAGUGCAUGGAUGGUGGGGAAGCAUGAGGUAGAAGUGGUGGAUAUGGUGCUGAAAUUGAGGCAUAAGAUUGCCAGCUGCACAGAUGGCGAUGAUGGAACUCGUGGGCAACUAGAACGUCAUCUUCGGGACAUUGAACAGAGAUUGCCUGAGGAUCUGCGAUUGCUACUAAAAUCCAAUUCGCCCACUUGAUGCCAGCGUACCGUCAAAUGUGCCUUCACCAAUCUCCCCCUAGCUCAAUCUCAUACCCCUGCCCUUGGACUCCAUCGAAUAUCCCAUUUUUUUGUACAAAAAACAACACAUACUCAAAUACACACGUUUUCUACCGAAA